AUGCUCGUCCAACUGUCCAGAGUCUCUCGUGCCGCUUCGGCCGUCACCCGCAAGGCCGUGCAGAGCAAUGCCGUGCAAAUGAGGACAUUCAUUGCUCCGACCGUUUCGCGACGUGCCGAUUUCGUUCAGGAGCUCUACCUCAAGGAGCUCAAGGCCUACAAGCCCGUCCCCGUCAAGGACUCCGACGCCGAGGGCCAAGUCCAGACCUUCAACCUUCCCAAGACCCCCGCCUCCCCCGAGGAAGCCGACCUCGCCAGCUCGCUCCAGGAAUACGAGUCCAUGGCCGUCGAAGUCGAGGGCGCCUCUGUCGAUUCCGCCGCCGCCCGUCCCACCAAGACUGCCGCGACCUGGCUCGUCGAGGAGGAGGGUGCUCACUAA